UAUAGAGGAACUAGCAGAACGAAAUAUUCACGCGGUACUCAGAGUUAUACAUGCAAUGUUUUCUGAACAGGAGAUCAGAGGGGAAUUAGAACAGAGGGGAUAUACUCCUCUCCACAUUAUCCGACUCAAACGCAGUGGAGGCGCACCCAUGCCUUUGGUGGUCGUGAUACUGGCCAAGAUUGAAAAGUCCCAGCAAACACUGUUGCGAUCCAAAACUGGGAGUCUAGCUGAAACAUCUUGUAGACGACCUGACACUUAG